UUUCCUUGUGAAGGAUGAGGACAAACUCAGUCCCCUUUCUAGUCUCCAUUCUAGUUCUCUGUGUUGUUGGGUUAUGUCAUGGAGAUGGCCUGAAGAAGCAUUUCUACAAGAAAAGCUGUCCUCAAGCUGAGGAUAUCAUUAGGAAAGUGGUUUGGAAAAAUGUAGCCCAGGAUGCAACAAUUCCUGCUGGGCUCGUGAGGCUGCAUUACCAUGACUGCUUUGUUAGGGGCUGUGAUGGGUCGGUUUUAUUGAACUCUACCAAAGAUCAUUUGGCUGAGAGGGAUGCACAACCAAACCUAACUCUGGACGGUUUCGAAGUUGUUGAUGAGGCCAAGGAUGCAGUGGAUAAGGCUUGCCCUGGAGUUGUUUCUUGUGCUGAUAUCCUUGCUUUGGCUGCUAGGGAUGCAGUUGCCUUCCAAUUCAAGAAACCAAUGUGGAAAGUGCUAACUGGUAGAAGAGACGGCAGAGUUUCAAUUGCCAAGGAGGCAGUUGACAACCUCCCUCCCCCAUCCUUCAAUUUUGCUGAGCUUGUGAAAAACUUUGCUAGCAAAGGACUCGAUGUUCAUGACCUUGUGGUGUUAUCAGGAGCACAUACCAUAGGACAAGCACACUGUGAAUCCUUCUUCAAAAGGCUCCACAAAAAUCAUGGAGGUGCAGAGAAAUCUCUGGAUCCAAAAUAUGCAGCUUUCUUGGCAUCUCAAUGUCCAAAUCUUUCAAACAAAACAACUCAAGUAGACAUGGAUCCCCAGAGCGCUGAAUCGUUUGAUAACCAUUACUAUGUGAACCUGAAGCAACACAAGGGUCUGUUCCACUCUGAUGCUGCCCUUCUGACUAACAAGAAGUCUGAGAAAAUCGUCAACAAAUUGCUUGACCAGAAGGCCUUCUUCAAGGCAUUCGCCCAUUCAAUGAAGAAGAUGGGAGCCAUCGAAGUUCUCACUGGGAACAGCGGAGAGGUUAGGAAGAAGUGCACUGUUGUGAACUAAACUAAAGUUUCUAGUUAUAUCCACCUCUUAAUUUUUUUGGUGAAAUGAUGGGCUUCACCUGUUUCAGCAAGUUUGUGAUUUUUAUGUUUAUUUUUCGCUUUUUUAAUUUGUUCUUCCAUUAACAGAGGGAAGGCUCUAUUUGGAUACGGAAAAUGAUUACUGUUAUUUGUACU